GAUCCAACCGGUCAACCUAAAAUCACACUUUUUUCAGUUUUUGACGAUAUGUUCGAUGAGCUGUUGCAGAUUCUGAUUUCUGCUGCUGCUUCUGCUCUGCGGAGGCAGGAAAAGAAGAGGAGCGGUGGAGGAGAUGAGGCAGAUGAGAAUGCCAUGAUCGAUGGAGGAGAUGAGGAGGAGGUGCUCGGCGGAGGAGAUGAAGCAAAUGAAGAUGCCGUGAUUGACGGAGGAGAUGAGGAGGAGGAGGAGAUGAGUGAUGAGGACGAUCGGCUGGACGCUGAGUUGUGUUGCCGCCGACGGAGGUGGCUGAGAUCUGGAGCUCGUCGAUGCUCGCUUCCUGAUCCUUAUCUACUCCAAUCGAUUGCAUGGAAGAAUCCCAUGAAAUUGUCGGAUGAGGCAGAGGGAUGGCCCGGCGGGUGGGACGGGCUAGGAGUUUGGAGCGGGUCUGGCGGGCUAACGGAGGCCAACGCGGGCCAACUUGCAAAACGGGCCAAUGCAUGAAACCGGCCCGUUUUUAAGCCCGGGUCCGGUUCAACCGGUUCAACCGACCGGGCCGGGCCGGGUUUUAAAACCAU